ACAUUACUUCACCAUCAGUCAACCCAACUUCACCAUCAGUAAACAUGACAUCACCAGUCAACCUUACAUCACCAGUCAACCCAACAUCACCAACAGUCAACAUUACUUCACCACCAGUCAACCCAACUUCACCAUCAGUAAACAUGACAUCAACAUCAGCCAACAUUACUUCACCAUCAGUCAACAUUACAUCACCAGUCAACCCAACAUCACCACCAGUCAAUAUUACAUCACCAGUCAAACCAACCUCACCAUCAGUCAACAUUACUUCACCAUCAGUCAACCCAACUUCACCAUCUGUUAGCAUGACAUCACCACCAGCCAACCUUACAUCACCAGUCAACCCAACCUCCCCAUCAGUCAACAUUACUUCACCAUCAGUCAACCCAACUUCAUCUACAACUACAACCUCAACACCUACCACAACAGAGCCAAAAAUCAAGUUGGGAUUUAAGUUGAAAGAAACUUUUACUCCUCAACUUGCAAACAAAUCUUCACCAGCGUUCCUUGAACUAAAGAACAAAGUGACCACAGCGCUCGACAUGGUCUAUUCAGAACAAUAUGGAUCCAGCUUCAAUCGUACUGUCAUCAACAGCUUCAGUCAAGGAUCCGUUGAGGUAGAUGCUGAACUGAUAUUCAAUGAAGGGAAUACAUUACCAAAUACCACUUCUGCAGCUGGAACUUUGGUGACUGCCUCUUCCAGCUCCAAUUUUUCUCUCAGUGUCAACACAUCUUCUAUUUCUGCAGCAGUUGUUUUGGCUGCAACUCCAGCCCCAACCACAGUUGCCCCUUCAACACCACUUGUCAACAUCACCUCACCUCCAGUCAACAUGACUUCAUCACCAGUCAACCCAACAUCACCACCAGUCAACCGGACAUCAUCACCAGUCAACAUGACAUCCCCACCAGUCAACAUUACAUCACCAUUCAACCCAACCUCACCAUCAGUAAACAUGACAUCACCAGUCAACCCAACCUCACCAUCAGUCAACAUUACUUCACCAUCAGUCAACCCAACUUCACCAUCAGUAAACAUGACAUCACCAGUCAACCUUACAUCACCAGUCAACCCAACAUCACCAACAGUCAACAUUACUUCACCACCAGUCAACCCAACUUCACCAUCAGUUAAGAUGACUUCAACACCAGCCAAUAUUACAUCAUCAGUCAACCCAACCUCAUCACCAGUCAACAUUACAUCCCCAGUUAACCCAACUUCACCAUCUGUCAGCAUGACAUCACCACCAGUCAACUUUACAUCACCAGUCAACCUUACAUCACCAGUCAACCCAACCUCACCAUCAGUCAACCCAACUUCACCAUCAGUAAAGAUGACAUCACCACCAGUCAAUAUUACAUCACCAGUCAACCCAACCUCAUCAUCAGUCAACAUGACUUCACCACCAGUUACAACAAUGCCCUUGCCUGGUAAUGCAAGCACUCCGCCUGUCACUGGAACAUCAGCACCACCAAGCAUCACAACUACUAGCUCUCCAACUACAACUACAACCUCAACACCUACCACAACAGAGCCAAAAAUCAAGUUGGGAUUUAAGUUGAAAGAAACUUUUACUCCUCAACUUGCAAACAAAUCUUCACCAGCGUUCCUUGAACUAAAGAACAAAGUGACCACAGCGCUCGACAUGGUCUAUUCAGAACAAUAUGGAUCCAGCUUCAAUCGUACUGUCAUCAACAGCUUCAGUCAAGGAUCCGUUGAGGUAGAUGCUGAACUGAUAUUCAAUGAAGGGAAUACAUUACCAAAUACCACUUCUGCAGCUGGAACUUUGGUGACUGCCUCUUCCAGCUCCAAUUUUUCUCUCAGUGUCAACACAUGUUCUAUUUCUGCAGCAGUUGUUUUGGCUGCAACUCCAGCCCCAACCACAGUUGCCCCUUCAACACCACUUGUCAACAUCACCUCACCUCCAGUCAACAUGACUUCAUCACCAGUCAACCCAACAUCACCACCAGUCAACCGGACAUCAUCACCAGUCAACAUGACAUCAUCACCAGUCAACAUGACAUCCCCACCAGUCAACAUUACAUCACCAUUCAACCCAACCUCACCAUCAGUAAACAUGACAUCACCAGUCAACCCAACCUCACCAUCAGUCAACAUUACUUCACCAUCAGUCAACCCAACUUCACCAUCAGUAAACAUGACAUCAACACCAGCCAACAUUACUUCACCAUCAGUCAAUAUUACAUCACCAGUCAACCCAACAUCACCACCAGUCAAUAUUACAUCACCAGUCAAACCAACCUCACCAUCAGUCAACAUUACUUCACCAUCAGUCAAACCAACUUCACCAUCUGUUAGCAUGACAUCACCACCAGUCAACCUUACAUCACCAGUCAAACCAACCUCACCAUCAGUCAACAUUACUUCACCAUCAGUCAACCCAACUUCACCAUCAGUUAACAUGACAUCAACACCAUCCAAUAUUACAUCACCAGUCAACCCAACCUCAUCACCAGUCAACAUUACAUCCCCAGUUAACCCAACUUCACCAUCUGUCAGCAUGACAUCACCACCAGUCAACCUUACAUCACCAGUCAACCCAACCUCACCAUCAGUCAACAUGACUUCACCACCAGUUACAACAAUGCCCUUGCCUGGUAAUGCAAGCACUCCGCCUGUCACUGGAACAUCAGCACCACCAAGUAUCACAACUACUAGCUCUCCAACUACAACUACAACCUCAACACCUACCACAACAGAGCCAAAAAUCAAGUUGGGAUUUAAGUUGAAAGAAACUUUUACUCCUCAACUUGCAAACAAAUCUUCACCAGCGUUCCUUGAACUAAAGAACAAAGUGACCACAGCGCUCGACAUGGUCUAUUCAGAACAAUAUGGAUCCAGCUUCAAUCGUACUGUCAUCAACAGCUUCAGUCAAGGAUCCGUUGAGGUAGAUGCUGAACUGAUAUUCAAUGAAGGGAAUACAUUACCAAAUACCACUUCUGCAGCUGGAACUUUGGUGACUGCCUCUUCCAGCUCCAAUUUUUCUCUCAGUGUCAACACAUGUUCUAUUUCUGCAGCAGUUGUUUUGGCUGCAACUCCAGCCCCAACCACAGUUGCCCCUUCAACACCACUUGUCAACAUCACCUCACCUCCAGUCAACAUGACUUCAUCACCAGUCAACCCAACAUCACCACCAGUCAACCCAACAUCACCACCAGUCAACCGGACAUCAUCACCAGUCAACAUGACAUCAUCACCAGUCAACAUGACAUCCCCACCAGUCAACAUUACAUCACCAUUCAACCCAACCUCACCAUCAGUAAACAUGACAUCACCAGUCAACCCAACCUCACCAUCAGUCAACAUUACUUCACCAUCAGUCAACCCAACUCCACCAUCAGUAAAGUUGACAUCACCAGUCAACCUUACAUCACCAGUCAACCCAACAUCACCAACAGUCAACAUUACUUCACCACCAGUCAACCCAACUUCACCAUCAGUAAACAUGACAUCAACACCAGCCAACAUUACUUCACCAUCAGUCAACAUUACAUCACCAGUCAACCCAACAUCACCACCAGUCAAUAUUACAUCACCAGUCAAACCAACCUCACCAUCAGUCAACAUUACUUCACCAUCAGUCAACCCAACUUCACCAUCUGUCAGCAUGACAUCACCACCAGUCAACCUUACAUCACCAGUCAAACCAACCUCACCAUCAGUCAACAUUACUUCACCAUCAGUCAACCCAACUUCACCAUCAGUUAACAUGACAUCAACACCAUCCAAUAUUACAUCACCAGUCAACCCAACCUCAUCACCAGUCAACAUUACAUCCCCAGUUCACCCAACUUCACCAUCUGUCGGCAUGACAUCACCACCAGUCAACCUUACAUCACCAGUCAACCCAACCUCAUCAUCAGUCAACAUGACUUCACCACCAGUUACAACAAUGCCCUUGCCUGGUAAUGCAAGCACUCCGCCUGUCACUGGAACAUCAGCACCACCAAGCAUCACAACUACUAGCUCUCCAACUGCAACUACAACCUCAACACCUACCACAACAGAGCCAAAAAUCAAGUUGGGAUUUAAGUUGAAAGAAACUUUUACUCCUCAACUUGCAAACAAAUCUUCACCAGCGUUCCUUGAACUAAAGAACAAAGUGACCACAGCGCUCGACAUGGUCUAUUCAGAACAAUAUGGAUCCAGCUUCAAUCGUACUGUCAUCAACAGCUUCAGUCAAGGAUCCGUUGAGGUAGAUGCUGAACUGAUAUUCAAUGAAGGGAAUACAUUACCAAAUACCACUUCUGCAGCUGGAACUUUGGUGACUGCCUCUUCCAGCUCCAAUUUUUCUCUCAGUGUCAACACAUCUUCUAUUUCUGCAGCAGUUGUUUUGGCUGCAACUCCAGCCCCAACCACAGUUGCCCCUUCAACACCACUUGUCAACAUCACCUCACCUCCAGUCAACAUGACUUCAUCACCAGUCAACCCAACAUCACCACCAGUCAACCGGACAUCAUCACCAGUCAACAUGACAUCAUCACCAGUCAACAUGACAUCACCACCAGUCAACAUUACAUCACCAUUCAACCCAACCUCACCAUCAGUAAACAUGACAUCACCAGUCAACCCAACCUCACCAUCAGUCAACAUUACUUCACCAUCAGUCAACCCAACUUCACCAUCAGUAAACAUGACAUCACCAGUCAACCUUACAUCACCAGUCAACCCAACAUCACCAACAGUCAACAUUACUUCACCACCAGUCAACCCAACUUCACCAUCAGUUAAGAUGACAUCAACACCAGCCAAUAUUACAUCAUCAGUCAACCCAACCUCAUCACCAGUCAACAUUACAUCCCCAUUUAACCCAACUUCACCAUCUGUCAGUAUGACAUCACCACCAGUCAACCUUACAUCACCAGUCAACCUUACAUCACCAGUCAACCCAACCUCACCAUCAGUCAACCCAACUUCACCAUCAGUAAAGAUGACAUCACCACCAGUCAAUAUUACAUCACCAGUCAACCCAACCUCAUCAUCAGUCAACAUGACUUCACCACCAGUUACAACAAUGCCCUUGCCUGGUAAUGCAAGCACUCCGCCUGUCACUGGAACAUCAGCACCACCAAGCAUCACAACUACUAGCUCUCCAACUACAACUACAACCUCAACACCUACCACAACAGAGCCAAAAAUCAAGUUGGGAUUUAAGUUGAAACAAACUUUUACUCCUCAACUUGCAAACAAAUCUUCACCAGCGUUCCUUGAACUAAAGAACAAAGUGACCACAGCGCUCGACAUGGUCUAUUCAGAACAAUAUGGAUCCAGCUUCAAUCGUACUGUCAUCAACAGCUUCAGUCAAGGAUCCGUUGAGGUAGAUGCUGAACUGAUAUUCAAUGAAGGGAAUACAUUACCAAAUACCACUUCUGCAGCUGGAACUUUGGUGACUGCCUCUUCCAGCUCCAAUUUUUCUCUCAGUGUCAACACAUGUUCUAUUUCUGCAGCAGUUGUUUUGGCUGCAACUCCAGCCCCAACCACAGUUGCCCCUUCAACACCACUUGUCAACAUCACCUCACCUCCAGUCAACAUGACUUCAUCACCAGUCAACCCAACAUCACCACCAGUCAACCCAACAUCACCACCAGUCAACCGGACAUCAUCACCAGUCAACAUGACAUCCCCACCAGUCAACAUUACAUCACCAUUCAACCCAACCUCACCAUCAGUAAACAUGACAUCACCAGUCAACCCAACCUCACCAUCAGUCAACAUUACUUCACCAUCAGUCAACCCAACUCCACCAUCAGUAAACAUGACAUCACCAGUCAACCUUACAUCACCAGUCAACCCAACAUCACCAACAGUCAACAUUACUUCACCACCAGUCAACCCAACUUCACCAUCAGUAAACAUGACAUCAACACCAGCCAACAUUACUUCACCAUCAGUCAACAUUACAUCACCAGUCAACCCAACAUCACCACCAGUCAAUAUUACAUCACCAGUCAAACCAACCUCACCAUCAGUCAACAUUACUUCACCAUCAGUCAACCCAACUUCACCAUCAGUUAACAUGACAUCAACACCAUCCAAUAUUACAUCACCAGUCAACCCAACCUCAUCACCAGUCAACAUUACAUCCCCAGUUUACCCAACUUCACCAUCUGUCAGCAUGACAUCACCACCAGUCAACCUUACAUCACCAGUCAACAUGACUUCACCACCAGUUACAACAAUGCCCUUGCCUGGUAAUGCAAGCACUCCGCCUGUCACUGGAACAUCAGCACCACCAAGCAUCACAACUACUAGCUCUCCAACUGCAACUACAACCUCAACACCUACCACAACAGAGCCAAAAAUCAAGUUGGGAUUUAAGUUGAAAGAAACUUUUACUCCUCAACUUGCAAACAAAUCUUCACCAGCGUUCCUUGAACUAAAGAACAAAGUGACCACAGCGCUCGACAUGGUCUAUUCAGAACAAUAUGGAUCCAGCUUCAAUCGUACUGUCAUCAACAGCUUCAGUCAAGGAUCCGUUGAGGUAGAUGCUGAACUGAUAUUCAAUGAAGGGAAUACAUUACCAAAUACCACUUCUGCAGCUGGAACUUUGGUGACUGCCUCUUCCAGCUCCAAUUUUUCUCUCAGUGUCAACACAUCUUCUAUUUCUGCAGCAGUUGUUUUGGCUGCAACUCCAGCCCCAACCACAGUUGCCCCUUCAACACCACUUGUCAACAUCACCUCACCUCCAGUCAACAUGACUUCAUCACCAGUCAACCCAACAUCACCACCAGUCAACUGGACAUCAUCACCAGUCAACAUGACAUCCCCACCAGUCAACAUUACAUCACCAGUCAACCCAACAUCACCAUCAGUAAAGAUGACAUCAACACCAGUCAACCGGACAUCAUCACCAGUCAACAUGACAUCAUCACCAGUCAACAUGACAUCCCCACCAGUCAACAUUACAUCACCAUUCAACCCAACCUCACCAUCAGUAAACAUGACAUCACCAGUCAACCCAACAUCACCAACAGUCAACAUUACUUCACCACCAGUCAACCCAACUUCACCAUCAGUAAACAUGACAUCAACACCAGCCAACAUUACUUCACCAUCAGUCAAUAUUACAUCACCAGUCAACCCAACAUCACCACCAGUCAAUAUUACAUCACCAGUCAAACCAACCUCACCAUCAGUCAACAUUACUUCACCAUCAGUCAAACCAACUUCACCAUCUGUUAGCAUGACAUCACCACCAGUCAACCUUACAUCACCAGUCAAACCAACCUCACCAUCAGUCAACAUUACUUCACCAUCAGUCAACCCAACUUCACCAUCAGUUAACAUGACAUCAACACCAUCCAAUAUUACAUCACCAGUCAACCCAACCUCAUCACCAGUCAACAUUACAUCCCCAGUUAACCCAACUUCACCAUCUGUCAGCAUGACAUCACCACCAGUCAACCUUACAUCACCAGUCAACCCAACCUCACCAUCAGUCAACAUUACUUCACCAUCAGUCAACCCAACUUCACCAUCUGUCAGCAUGACAUCACCACCAGUCAAUAUUACAUCACCAGUCAACCCAACCUCAUCAUCAGUCAACAUGACUUCACCACCAGUUACAACAAUGCCCUUGCCUGGUAAUGCAAGCACUCCGCCUGUCACUGGAACAUCAGCACCACCAAGCAUCACAACUACUAGCUCUCCAACUACAACUACAACCUCAACACCUACCACAACAGAGCCAAAAAUCAAGUUGGGAUUUAAGUUGAAAGAAACUUUUACUCCUCAACUUGCAAACAAAUCUUCACCAGCGUUCCUUGAACUAAAGAACAAAGUGACAACAGCGCUCGACAUGGUCUAUUCAGAACAAUAUGGAUCCAGCUUCAAUCGUACUGUCAUCAACAGCUUCAGUCAAGGAUCCGUUGAGGUAGAUGCUGAACUGAUAUUCAAUGAAGGGAAUACAUUACCAAAUACCACUUCUGCAGCUGGAACUUUGGUGACUGCCUCUUCCAGCUCCAAUUUUUCUCUCAGUGUCAACACAUGUUCUAUUUCUGCAGCAGUUGUUUUGGCUGCAACUCCAGCCCCAACCACAGUUGCCCCUUCAACACCACUUGUCAACAUCACCUCACCUCCAGUCAACAUGACUUCAUCACCAGUCAACAUGACAUCAUUACCAGUCAACAUGACAUCCCCACCAGUCAACAUUACAUCACCAUUCAACCCAACCUCACCAUCAGUAAACAUGACAUCACCAGUCAACCCAACCUCACCAUCAGUCAACAUUACUUCACCAUCAGUCAACCCAACUUCACCAUCAGUAAACAUGACAUCACCAGCAUGA